AGAAGUGGAAAAACAUUCAUCUCAUCACGCUCGUAUCGAUCCGAUGCUAUAUGCUCCAAUUGAUAUCAAUAUUUACAUGGCCCCGCCCAACACUACGUGCACUGUACGGUUGUGCUGGGGAUGCUAGCACGGGAAAUGUCUCCAUCCAUCGGAAGACUUUAAAGGUAUGAUGGUAUUCAGCAACAGAAUGUUCACACAUGAGAAGCAGACGCGGUACAUCUUGUCUGAACAACAAAACACAGGUGAAAAAGAUAAGAAAACUCGGCAAAGACGAAAAAAGCACAAGCAGACCAAUGUGUUCACCUCUAAUUCUCAACACAGUACUCAGGAAAACUCCAAAUAUGAGCCACUGCCCAUUUCCUUGGGGGACAGCGUGAAGGCUGUGAUCCAGAAGGUACCUCAGCAAGUUCCUCAACGGAAACAGUGGGCCAGCAGAAGGAGCAGAGACACAGUAGAUGUUCUCCAUCCUGUUGUGCCAGAUGAUCACACAACAAACAUACAAAGAGUCAGUGAAGACGCUGACAGUGACUCAGACUUGUCUGACACUGAGAGGACUUCUGUGUUGCCUUCAGGUGGACUUCCUCCACAGCUUGAGCUGCGACCAGAGGUUAUCCAACCAGAGGAGUGUUCCUCUCAUGCUCUCAGACGUAGUCCUACGGGGUACAACUUCCCCGACUUUCUUCCUCCACCAUUUAACUCUUGGAGUGUGGGUCAGCUGUCUGUGUUCUACAGCUCGGAGAACCGAGGGGCUCUGCGAUGCAGGCCUGUUGGGCCACUGGAGAAGUACUUGGAGAGGCUGAUGGAAUUGGAAUGGCGACAGAUUCAGACCAUUCUGGAGGAACGUGGGAAUUCACCUGCUUCGUCUGCAACAUCAGGGUGCCAUAGGCCACCUAAAAAUGCUUCAUCGAGGCUCAGCUCUCCAAAGUGCAUCCUUCAAUGUCAGCGUGCCUUCCCUCUUACCUUCUUGUCUUCUUUGGCUCAUUCCACCAUGCUCUCCUGCCAGGUGCGCCACACUUCCUGUGGGCUUUUGUGCUGCCGCUCUCAAAAUUGUCCAUCCAGACCUGGCCUCCUGCGGGGGCAUCAAGGCAAAGCCUCUCUCCCCAAAAGGAGUUACAGCGAGAGUCGUGUACAAGCAAAAGAAACAUCAGUGUUCCAACCUCCGAACUUCAGCAGCUCUGUGAGGACAAACGGACACAUGAGGAGGAUGCAAGCGUUGGGCAACAUCCGAAAUCCCGUCCAAGCUGCAAACAGCAAACCUGCCAGGAGCUCAAGUGCCUCCAGGAGAGGGAGAGAGCAUACAGUAGAUUUCAUGGACAACACAACAGACUUGAUGAAGAGGAGAAGUGUGUCCGAGCGGAGAAGGAGUGCUGCAGAAAAGCAGCCGUGCUUGAGUAAAAGUAAAGAUGCCUUCCAGGGAAAUAACUUUACUCAAAGUAACCUAAGUACUGCAUCAAAAGUAUUGUACUAACUCCUACCAGCUUGUUGUUGUUGAAUGUGGAACAACCAGAUGACAAAGUCUGUUUUUCAAUUGCACACUGGUGUAUUUGCACUUGGAACUGAAUAAGUGGGUUCAUUCUGAGGAGUACAUCAAAAUGCAGUACACUGUCAGUACCCUGAUGUCAACAAAACACUCAAGGCGUACACUGAAAAUGUUAAAUGUGCUGGAAUGAAUACCCUCCCACCAUCAAGAGUCGCCAUCUUGGCUGCAUAGUGAAAGGGGAGGGACUCCACGUGUCUUUUGUGACUUGUAAUAUUUACU